CCCUCGUAUGUUUUCAUUUUUUUGUUUUAAUUUUCUCCUUUUGCUCUCUCUCUCUCUCAUCAGAGCGAAAUCUCAGGAGGUUUCGGCCCCCACCACCUCUCCCCCAUCACUCGCCCCACGUAAUCCGGAAUAUUAUUAAUUGAUCAAAGCAGAAAUCGAGAAAUGGAAAGAUUAAUCGUAAAAAUUUAGCCCGAAGAUUACGUGUUCUCGCAAGAACCUCGGAUUCCGACAGUUGUAAGGUGAGGAAACUGGAGAUGGUGUUUAAUGUUGGGAAAAAGGAUUCGUAGGAUUUGCUGAGGAGUUUUUAUAGGAAGUAGUUUAUAAAGGGAGAACAGGCGAUUGGAAAGGGAGAGAAUAUGUCGGGUUUCGUCGGUGUUUUGGUCUCCGAUCCAUGGCUUCAGAGCCAAUUCACACAGGUGGAGCUUCGAGGGCUCAAAUCCAAGUUUCUCUCCGCGAAGAGAGAAUCCAGCCAUGUAACGGUUAAAGAUUUGCCCCCAUUGAUGGCGAAAUUGAAGGGCCUCAAUGACGUGCUAACCGCGGAGGAGAUUGGCACCAUUCUUGGCGAGUCCUACCAAGAUGAUAGCCAGGAGAUUGAGUUUGAAUCGUUCCUUCGGGAAUAUUUGAAACUUCAAUCUCGGUCGGGUGCUAAGCUCGGCAGCACGAAGAAUUCCUCUUCGUUCUUGAAAGCCACCACCACUACACUCUUGCACACGAUUAAUGAAUCAGAGAAGUCAUCUUAUGUGGCGCACAUCAACAGCUAUCUCGGAGAGGACCCGUUCUUGAAGAAGUAUCUGCCGUUAGACCCCGCAACAAAUGAUCUGUUCAAUCUUGUGAGGGAUGGCGUUCUCUUGUGUAAAUUGAUCAAUGUUGCUGUGCCCGGGACGAUAGAUGAGAGAGCGAUUAACACAAAGCGGGUUCUCAACCCAUGGGAGAGAAAUGAGAAUCACACUCUUUGCCUCAACUCUGCAAAGGCUAUUGGAUGCACUGUUGUUAAUAUUGGGACACAGGAUUUGGUCGAAGGGCGACCUCAUUUGGUUCUUGGUUUGAUAUCUCAAAUUAUAAAGAUACAACUAUUGGCUGACCUGAACCUCAAGAAGACACCCCAGCUGGUGGAGUUAGUGGAAGAUGACAACAAGGAUGUGGAGGAGCUAAUGAGCUUGGCACCAGAAAAGAUGUUACUUAAAUGGAUGAAUUUUCAUCUCAAGAAAGCAGGCUAUAAGAAAACUGUCAGCAAUUUCUCUUCUGAUGUGAAGGAUGGAGAAGCCUAUGCUUACCUUCUUAAUGCUCUUGCCCCUGAGCACAGUUCAACAACUACCUUGGAUACUAAGGAUCCAAAUGAGAGAGCUAAAAUGAUUCUCGAACAAGCAGAGAAGUUGGAUUGCAAAAGAUACCUGACUCCUAAGGAUAUCAUUGAAGGUUCUCCUAAUUUGAACCUGGCAUUUGUUGCCCAAAUUUUCCAGCACAGGAAUGGUUUGUCCACCGACAACAAAAAGAUUGCAUUUGCACAGAGUACGCCUGAUGAUGUCCUUAUAUCUAGGGAAGAGAGAGCCUUUCGGCUGUGGAUCAACAGUCUUGGAAUUGUUACUUAUGUAAAUAAUUUGUUUGAAGAUGUCAGAAAUGGAUGGGUUCUUUUGGAGGUUCUUGACAAAAUUUCUCCAGGAUCAGUUAAUUGGAAGCAAGCAUCAAAGCCGCCAAUAAAGAUGCCAUUCCGGAAAGUAGAAAACUGCAACCAAGUUAUAAAACUUGGGAAGCAGUUAAAAUUUUCUUUAGUGAAUGUUGCUGGAAAUGAUAUCGUACAAGGAAAUAAAAAGCUAAUUCUUGCUUUUCUUUGGCAGCUAAUGAGAUUUAAUAUUCUCCAACUACUGAAGAACCUGAGAUUCCACUCUCAAGAAAAAGAGAUAUCAGAUGCUGAUAUCCUGAAUUGGGCAAAUAGUAAGGUGAAGGCAUCAGGCAAAACUUCUCAGAUCGAAAGUUUCAAGGAUAGGAACCUAUCAAACGGGAUAUUUUUUCUCGAGCUCCUUAGUGCUGUGGAGGCAAGAGUAGUUAACUGGAAGCUAGUUACCAAGGGUGAAGAUGAGGAGGAAAAGAAGUUAAAUGCCACAUACAUUAUCAGUGUUGCUAGAAAGCUCGGAUGUUCUGUCUUUUUGUUGCCAGAGGACAUCAUGGAGGUAAAUCAGAAGAUGAUCCUCACGCUUACUGCUAGCAUCAUGUAUUGGAGCCUGCAGAAACAACAACCUGCAGGACAAUCCGAAGCCUCAGAUAACUCUGAGCUCUCUGCUGAGACUCCAGAGAUCCCCAGCGAGGAUUCUGCUUCUCAGAAGGCCCCGUCCUCGGAUGGAGAAGGGAGUGCUGUUGCCGAAAGUAUUUCAAACUUGUCCAUUGACGAUGCCACUUCAAGCACCUCAGUAGAAAACGGCAACGAAACGGCUUGAGGGAGGGUUUCUGUUCCAACCAACCACUGAAAAGCUACACUAGAGGGAAGUUGCCUUCUACAGCAUUUACAGUUUAUUCAGUUAAUUCAUACUCUCUACAUGCCAAAUAGCAUCUGCAUUCUUUCUAGCAAGAAAUUCUCACUACAGGGAUUAAAAAGGGUCUCUUAUAUAGCUUUACAUGUUAUUUUUGUAGUAAUGAGAAAAUCUGUCAAUAUGUUGUUAUAGGUUUUCCAUUUAUUAUAGGUAUUCUUUGGUCAAAUCUUAUUCUGUUUCAUGUUGUUGUUGAAUGAUGUUAUAGGUUUGCGAUUGUAAUUUUUUACAGGCGUGUAAUUGUUACGCUGUUAUCGUGCUAGCUUCUGAUUGCUGUACUAUUUGUUUAAAUUUCAUCAGUUUGUCACUGAGAAGAGAGUACAGCGCAGGGUGUACUAAAUGCUUUGAUAUUGCUAUGUAGCGUGAAUCAGUUUGGACU